UUUUGGUGUUCAUUUGUGAUUAUCAUAGGGAAUAUCGCGAUGGAAUAGUCACCAUCAAUAAAGUUUUAUGUUUUAUGUUUUAUGUUUUAUGUUUUAUUUUUUAUUUUUCAUUUUAUUUUAUUUUGUUUCUGGCAAAUCUGAUGAACGUUUUAAUUAUUUUCACUUGACAGCGAUGCCUCAGGCCAUCCAACCGUAUCAAUCCAUUAUUCUCCCUCCAGUUUCUCUCUCUAGUUUCCCUCUAUAUAUACAUGUGUAGCUUCUUCAUUCUCUUCACUCCUGCAACUUCCACAUUGUUGCAAAGACACUCAAAUAUAUAUAUAUAUAUUAUUCUCCAAAACAAUGGCUACUAACCCAGUAACAGUACUACCAAAUACUGUUUUCACCAUCAUCUUCAUCUUCACUCUCACUGUCAUAGCAACCACAAAACCUCUACCUUUUGUGGUGUUCCAUGGUAUUGUAGAUGAGUGCAAAAGUGCUAAAGUCACAAAUUUCACUGAUAGUCUCAAGGAAUGGUCCGGUGCUGAAGGAUUUUGUGUAGAAAUUGGAAAUGGAUACAUGGAUACCAUAUUUAAGCCCCUUACGCAACAGACUGCAAUUGCUUGCGAAAAGGUCAAGAGCAUGAGUGAACUCAGUAAUGGUUAUAACAUAGUUGCAAUUUCUCAGGGUAACAUGGUAGCUCGAGGGGUUAUUGAGUUUUGUGACGGAGCACCUCCUGUGAAGAAUUACAUAUCAGUAGGAGGUCCUCAGGCUGGGGUAGCUGCUGCUCCUUGUCUUGUGAAUAACACGCUUGGAGACUUCGCGUGCUCUGUCACUAAUGAUGCCCUGAAGUUGGGGGUUUACACCGAAUUUGUACAGAAUAUAUCGGCACCUGCAGGUUUUAUUAAAAUUCCAACCGAAAUUGAUUGGUAUUUGAAAGGAUGUAAGUUUCUUCCAAAGCUUAACAAUGAAAUCAAUGGUAGUAGAAACUCUACUUACAGGGAACGGUUUACCAGUUUGGACAAUUUGGUGCUUAUCAUGCAUGAACAAGACAGUGUUUUGGUACCUAAAGAAACCUCCUGGUUUUGGUAUUAUCCAGAUGGGUCUAAGGACACUGUUUUGCCUGCAAACCAGACAAGUCUGUACACGGAAGAUUGGAUCGGUUUGAAAACCUUGGAUGACGCCGGAAAGGUGACAUACUUAAGUGUGCCGGGAGAGCAUGCAAAUAUGUCUUUCAGUGACAUGCAAACAUAUAUUGUACCAUACAUAAACGGGUCUAUUUCACUCUCAAUGGUGGAAUCAUCUUUCAUGUCGUUGUCAUCAAUCUGAUGAAAUUCAGUGGAGGAUUCGAUCCGGUUGAGCUAAUGCAAGUACGUACCUCCAGUUCGACGCAAACCAGUGACCAAAUAAAUGGGAAUGUAUUCCUGUACCGUCUUUCAUUUUAGUUCGGUCUAAGACUUCUCAAAAUACCUCACAUUUGCGAGGAACAAUGUAUCUAUCCUGUUUGUAGUAUUGUCUACAUUACUGUCCAACAUUAAGAUUAGUAUUAUGUUGGUUUGGUUGGAAACUAUUAUCUUCAUUAUGUGUGUGAUAAUUUAUCACGGGUUUUUUCCAA